GGCCGGUGGUGUUUCCGAGCCGGGCGACAGGACUGUCUGGGGCGAGGCCCGCCGUCAGGCUCGUGAGGCCGCUCUCUCCAACGUUUGUGCGGGUGGCGCCCAGGGCCGCCCGGCGGGAGCCCGCUCGGACACUGCCCGCAGGUACAGUGCUCGCGGGCGCGCCCGGGCGGUCGUGUUCACUUUCCCGCCUCCGCCGGCGUUUCCUUUACUGGCUGAUGUUACUGCGGGAGAAACGGGCGGUCCAGCCUCAGUCAGAUCAGCUUCCUCUGAUGCAAAAGCCUGGGAAGUGUCCCCAGCACCUCAGAGCCGUCGUGAGCCGGCCGUUUGUGAACACCGUGGUUUCCUGGGCAGAAUUUCGGUGCCCUUUCCGCUGGAUCACCUCAGGGAAAGUGAGGCUCACGAGGCUCUCCUCAGCCUCGCUUAGAGGUCUAAAUGAGCCCUGGAGAAAUGUAGCAGCAGCAUGUAAUCAUCACCAACUAACAUGCUGUCUCUUAUUUUUUUUUUUCAAUUGACAUUUGGAUAAACAUUUUGUAAACAAGGAUCAGCUGUAAUUUUUCCUAGGUCAAGUAAGGAGAAAUUAAAAAUAAAUGUACAGGACUUACCUCGUGGCGCAGUGGUUGGGAAUCAGCCUGCUAAUGCAGGGGACACAGUUCUAGCACUCGUCCAGGAGGAUCCAAUGUGCGGCAGAGCAGCUAAGCGCAUGGGCCACAACUGCUGAGCCUGUGCUCUGGGGCCCUUAGCCACAACUACUGAACCCGCGAGCCACAACUACUGAAGCCGGAGCGCCUAGAGUCUAUGCUCCGUAAUGGGGUGUGGCCCCAGUCGUUGCAACUAGAGAAAGCCCAUGCGCAGCAGUGAAGACUCAACACAGCCAUACAUACAUACAUAAGUGAAUUUGGAAAGGAAAGGAAAAAUAUACAGGAAGAAGAUCCUUUUAUUGAUUUUGUUCCAGACCAGACUGGGCCUCAGUUGUCAGAGGUAGUGCUGGAGGUGUGUCCAAUACAGGACCAGAAUUGUUCCUCGAGAAGAAUGAUGACAGUAGAUCUGAAGGUGGCUGAGUACUUGAACCCUCAGAUCAGGACUCUGUGGGAUACCAAGGGACCUGUGACAGGGAGCUCCAGUCACAUUAAGAAAUAUGCCCCCCAAACAGACAGUCUCAGUCCUGAGAGGUCUCACCAGCACUUCCGGAGCUUCCUCUAUCAUGAAGCAGCUGGACCCCGGGAAGCUGUUGACCAGCUUCUGGAAUUAUGCCGUCGGUGGCUGAGGCCAGAGAUUCAUUCAAAAGAGCAGAUCUUGGAACUUGUGGUGCUAGAGCAGUUCCUGUCCAUUCUGCCCAGGGACACCCAGACCCGCAUAAAGAAGCACCAUCUACAGAGCAUUGAGGAGGCUGUGGUCCUGGUAGAACACUUGCAGAGGGAAUCUGGUCAAAUGAGGAAUGGGGUUGCAGACCAUGAGCUGGGAAAGGAGGCAGUGCUCUUGGGUGAAACAGCAGAGGCCCUAGGCUUCACGCUGAAGCCAACAGAGGCCCAGCAAGUGAGCAUGUCCCAGGAUGAAGAAUUUUGGAAUACGCACCAGAAUCUACAAGAGUUGCUGAUCAGGAAUACCCACAAAGAAACUGAGCCUGUACGUGAGAGGGAAAUGAGCCUAGGAUAUUCAGAAACAGAAGCGAGAGAGAUUUCCUGUGGCUCUCCUUCACCCACAGCGGUGUCUGCUCACCAGAUCCUAGCCUUUCCUGAGCAGACAAACACCAAAGACUGGACAGUGGCACCUGAGCUCAUCUUGACUGAGUCCCAGAGCUUGUUGACAUUUGAAGAAGUGGCCAUGUAUUUUUCCAAGGAAGAAUGGGAGUUACUGGAUCCCACUCAGAGGGCCCUCUACAAUGAUGUAAUGCAAGAAAACUAUGAGACUGUCAUCUCUCUAGAACUGAGCCUAGGAUGUUCAAAGACAGAAGGGAGAGAAAUUUCCUCUCACUCUUCCACAGCAGUGCCUGCUCACCAGAUCGUAGCCUUUCCUGAGCAGACAAAUGCCAAAGACUGGACAGUGGCACCUGAGCUCGUCUUGCCUGAGUCCCAGAGCUUGUUGACAUUUGAAGAAGUGGCCAUGUAUUUUUCCAAGGAAGAAUGGGAGUUACUGGAUCCCACUCAGAAGGCCCUCUACAAUGAUGUAAUGCAAGAAAACUAUGACACUGUCAUCUCUCUAGCAUUAUUUGUGCUCCCCAAACCUAAAGUGAUCUCCUGUCUAGAGCAGGGGGAAGAGCCGUGGGUUCAAAGAUCCCUGGAGUUCAAGGACAAUUCUGGAGAGCUGCCUACAGCAGGGCUAAAGCUCAAAAAUGACACUGAAAAUCUUCAGCCUCUAUGUCUUUCUGACUUAGAAAUACAAACACCAGUAGAUAUAGCAUCAAAAAAGGCCAGAUUGAAAGUCCCCCAGAAAACAAUGGGCAAAGAAAAUCAUGGUGAUAUGCAUAGGGUGGGGAAAUGGCACCGAGAUUUUCCAGUGAAGAAAAAAAAGAAACUUUCAACCUGGAAACAAGAGCUGCUGAAACUUAUGGACCUUCACAAAAAAGAACGUGCAGGAGAGAAGCCUUUUAAAUGCCAGGAAUGUGGGAAAAGCUUCAGAGUUAGCUCUGACCUUAUUAAGCACCAAAGAAUUCACACUGAAGAGAAACCGUAUAAAUGUCAGCAGUGUGAUAAGAGGUUUAGGUGGAGUUCAGAUCUUAAUAAGCACUUAACAACACACCAAGGAAUAAAACCAUAUAAAUGCUCAUGGUGUGGGAAAAGCUUCAGUCAAAAUACAAAUCUCCACACACACCAAAGAACUCACACUGGAGAGAAGCCCUUUACAUGUCAUGAAUGUGGAAAAAAAUUCAGUCAAAAUUCCCACCUUAUUAAACACCGGAGAACUCACACAGGUGAGCAGCCUUAUACCUGUAGCACAUGCAGGAGAAACUUCAGCAGACGCUCAAGCCUUCUUAGGCACCAGAAACUCCACCAGUAAAGGGAAGCUUGUUCAGUGUCCUCAGUCUGAAGAAAUUCACCAAGUGGAGCUUGACCUUAAAGUUAUGAAAAGUACAAAAUUAUGAAGCAUGAAGAAUUUUUCAUCAGUGGAAUUUUUCAUUAGGAAACUUUGGGAAAUAAACAUGUUUCACAGAAGGAAUCAAGGUUGAGUCUUCAGGGAAUGUGUUAGUAGUUGUACUACUUGC